CGAGAGCGGCGAGAGUGCGUGAGCAACGUUUGAAGCGUUUGGAGGAUGGAGAACUAAGCGGGAGUGGUUUUGCCGAUUUGGAAACCAUAUAAAUAUUUUGCCUUGUCGCUCGCAUUUCCACGGCUUUUGCUGCCGUAUAUCGGGCCAGUUAGACGGCACGUGUGUGCACACCGACGACGAAAACAAAGUUGCGUUUUGUGGACGUGUGUGUCGGGCGGUGGACAAGCGAGGUUCUCUGCACUCUGUCCCGAAGAGUCUGCGGUCUUGUUGCGUUUAAUCGGCGCUACGCGACUGCCUAAUUCACGCGCGUCGUGCUGCAUUCUUGCGCCGUUGAGCCGUCCAUUCCUGCAGUUUGUCGCGAUCCAAGUCGGUACACCCAAGUGCAGCCCGAUUGUGGUGAGAUGGCCGCUAUCCUGCCAUCGCGUUUUGCCGUUCUGAAAGUUGAGGGCGAAGAUCCCGAAGACUCCAAGCCCGUAAAGAAACAGCAGCCCGCCAAGACUGGCUCGGCUGGAGAUCGCAACUCCGUGACGGCCAAGCCGAAACCCAAGAAGAAGAAGAAGCCAGCGGAAACCCAGGUCAAAGCAAGGCCUGCUGCUCCUCAGGCAGGCCAACCUGAAGACCAUGGUGAUGACUGGGAGUCUUGGAAAAGGAGAGAUGAUCAGUUCGUCUCUGACGUCUACGAGCAAGAUCUCCAGCAGGCACUGCUUCUCAGUCGGUUGGAUUACGAAGAGAAGAAAGAUUUCUAUGAAGCUCAGCAGAGGGAAGCCACCGUGGCAAACCUGGCUACUCCGGGCAGCCGCGGCAAUGCCACCAAGAACAAGAAGAAGAACACGACGACAAAAAAGGACAAAAAGACAACAAUGUCUCUGGAUGAGUUCAACCAGCUGGCCGGAGCUUCGUCACCUGCAGAGCUGGUGUACGAACCAGAGGUCCGAGAUGUUCCUGACACAAGAAACAAUGAGAAGAGACCAUUGUCACCACCAAAGGAGGCUAUCUUUGAGCAGGUUGUAAAGGAUGCCAAAAACAUUCUGUCACGAGAACAAAGGAUGGAAGAACUAAGGAGCAAACAGCCUUUCCUAGCAGAGCAGGCCAGAACAUUGCAGUUCCAGGAUGAACUGGAGAAGAAGGACCAACAGAUAGCUGCACUUAAGAAGCAUAUUGAAGCUCUGACUGCUGAGCUGAAGGUGGUGAAGCUUCGCAACAAGCAGCUGUGCAACAUCUUGGCCCAAGGCGAAA